ACCCAUCAUCAUCAACCACUACUUUGCCAAGAAGUUUGCAUCGUCGUGGAUGUUGGGCAAUGUUGUUUCUAUCAUCACCAACCUCGCAGUCCACAGGCUGUUUGCCUUCCAACGCCUUAUCGCCAACGCCAUAUUCGAGCGACUCGUAUGUGCUCUCGCUUGCUCUACAUACGCCUGAGCCCUCGGAUGCCUGUUGCCUGCCGCCCAAGCCACCGGAGCCCAACACCCUCGUGCCCUUGGUGCCUACAACUUGAAACCAAGUGCCCAGCACCCCAGUGCUUGCGUCUUUCUACUUGGCGCCUAGCACCCAAAUCAUGCACGAUGCCCAGUGCCUGCCACCUAUUACCCAUUGCCCGGUGCCCAAAACCCUCGCCGCACCAACCUGUGUCUCGCCCAAUAUGCCUAAGCUUGUUGCCUCUCCUUUGCAUCGCCAAAGUUACUACUCUACUUGGUGCUUGCCUCGCUGCCCAUGGCAUCUAUUGCUUGGCCACCACUCGCGCCCUCACUGGAGGUGCCCAGUGUCGAAUUGCUACCACGACACCGCUGCCUCGUUGUCUAUUGCGCCACCUUCCUAGCCGCUGCUCAUGCCCUCGCCCACGACCCCUAGAAUUGGCUCCUCACUUCUCUGACCUAUCUCACUCUUUUCUUUUCACCCCAAAGGUGUAUGAAGAGUCUCUUUAG